CAGUAUUCACUUUUCAUUAACCAUCGUCCAGCGCGGCAAUUCUAAGCAGUUCAGCAAAAAUGUUCAAGUUCUUCCUCGUUGCCGCUCUGGUACCAGCCAUGGCCAUGGCAUCCGUCAACUUCCGUGCCUGCCCGAACGGAGCCCCCACUCCAACCACGCUGACCGUGAAUGCGUGCUCCGGAGAUGAGUGUAUUCUGGUAGCCGGACAGCCCGUGAACGCCCGUGCCAGCGGUAUUGUCAGCCCGGUUGGAAGCGCUACCGCCACCGCUCACAUCGUUGCCCGUAUUGCCGGUCUGGAUAUCGGACUUGAAUUGCCCGCAGAGCUGGAGAAUGCCUGCGAGGUUGGAUUGGUCGGUGGUUGCCCUAUCGUGGCCGGAACUGCCUUCGAUUACGUUUUGUUCGACGAUAACCUGGAAGUACAGGGCCUUGACAUUCCCGUGGUAGUCGAAGUCGGUUUGACUGGUGACAAUGGCGUUCCCUUGGCAUGUGUCCUCUUCGAUGCUAGAAUUCAGUGAUUUUUUCUAUCGGAGAUAAUCAUCAAUAUGAGAAUAAAUUAGCUCUGUUUAA